AUAACCCGGUCCUGUCGAGCGUCACUUCUAACGGAAGCUUUGGGCAAAAGGUUAAGUAGCUCGCUAGCUAUUUAUUUUCAUGAAUUGAAGUUCAUUUUCAAUAGGCGAACAAAAAGUGGCAACCUAGCUAAUACUUACUCACAAGGAUUCCUAAAUCAUUGCUAAGAAUAAUGAAAAUGACUGCAGUUUCUACUGGUAAUUGGCUGGUUGUAUUGGUGCUAGCUAAGGUACCAAGCUAAAGCUACCUACCCCAAAAGUUGCGUUAGAACAAAUUAUGCUUUAUUACCAACGCGGUAUUGUGAACACAUAGUUCGUGGCCGGUGUUUGCAGACUUUUUUUUAACCGUUUUGACAGUGCAACUGUAUCUUUUUUGACAGGCAAAGACCCAAACGGCGUUUCAUAGUAUGUAUGUCGUGAAGCUAAUAGCAGUGACGCUAUUACUGUAUUCCUCCGGUAGGGCAACAUCGGGAAAUAGCGCACUUGGUUGUGUACCAGUCGGCGAAAGCCAACAUCACCCACGACAGAGAACGGUUGAUUGUCAAGGGCAAUGAAUUCCAUUAUCUUGGCUUUAAUGGAUUUCGCCUUUGUUUCACUGAUAUGUUCUUACUCUUUCAAACGACUGCUCGAUCCACACAGCAGACAUGUUGGGCUAGGUUAGGAAUGCUGUGUUGCACGUGUAGCGCAAAAUUUCACGUGACUUCAUUACGUCCUGUACCUAAGUUAUAUGGGUUUGCACGUCAGCUUUGACAUCGGCGUUAAACUAAACAUCCGAUAUGUUCACCAAUAUAUCAUGCAUCCAUAGGCAGUAGCAUGAAAUAACAUCUACCUUCUCAUUGAAACAGUUCAUCAUGAAACAGUUCUACAGCAACUUUUCAUGCACAGAUGGAAUGAAAAACACAAACUUAGAACCUGCUCUUACCAUGAGAAACAGAUUUCCCAAUCUUCUCCUCCUCUUCUUCAUCUUUAAUGUUGACAUUCAGCUCCAGUGUUUGACUGCAGUCUUCCAGCUUCACUGAUGCCAUCUCUGGAUUCUGCAGUGCAAACUGGGCUCCACUGUCACAAUCAGGACCCAGUGACUGUAGGUUUGGACUCAGUGUGGAAGGAGAGAGUGUCGUGAAAAUAUUCAGUCAAUGUCUUUCCAGUCUUGGCACAAACUUUUUUAUACAGUUUUCCUCUUUACGUCACACACAUAGUAACUCCUCUUUAUGUUAAUGUUUCAUCCCCUCUGGCAUUUAGCCACUCUUAUCUUUUUGCCUUGCACUAAUUCUAGCUUGGUUUCACAUUAAGACAUAGAUUCCAUUCGUGGUGUAACCAUAGUAACAGUAAAUAUUAGGCCAUAGCAAUAGUACAAAAAUAAACAGACACGCCCACUCCCAAGACAGGUGCAUGUAGGGCAUAGAUUGCAUUUGUGGUGUAACCAUAGCAACAGUAAAUAUUAGGCCAUAGCAAUGGUACAAAAAUAAACAGACAUGCCCACUCUCAAGACAGGUGCAUGUUUAAUGGUGCCUAAUGACCUAGACACACAUAUAGAGUGCACUUAUUCUGCUGACUACUCUAAGAUGUAUAAUGUGCACACAUUUACUGGAAAAUUCCCAAUAAGAGGUAUGCUGGGUCUGUCCUCACUGUUGAUGUUACCAGCCUCAGGCUUAAUCUGAGUCGGUCUGUAGUAAUAAAGACAAACGGAUACAAAAGUUACUCUUGACAGUUCUGGCACUUUCUUUAUUCUUUAAAAAUAUGGUUUAUAUUUAGGUGCAGGAGCUCGACAACACCGUUGAGCUAAUAUUCUAUAAGAGGAACAUGAGCUCAAACAGUAGAAAUGUGAGGUGCUGGUACUCAGCUCCGGUGAGCUCCUGUCCAAGUCAAGCACUGAAUUCAUGAGAUCAUGAAACAUUAAUUAAAUCACAUUAGACAAAGUAUACACUUUAAAUUAGGCUAUAGAACUUGAAUGCACUUAAUCUAUAGUAGAUUUCUGAAUUCACAUAAAUGCAUAAAUUACUCCCCCAAAAAUUUGUACACGGUUGCAGUAUGUUUUAGGCAGCACUAUGUACUAUUUUCCUGAAUAACCUUGUCUUCACUGUAUUAUUUAAAUCAAAAACCAAUAGUAUUUCAGUUCACACCAUAGUAACAUUUACAGAUAGACAGAAACAACUGAAUGUCUCUGAAUAUUAGUACACGUAGAAAACUGAUAAUCAUUACAUUUAGCUUCAAAACAGUAGUUCAACCGUGAAAUUUUCUCUGCUCCACCCUCUGCUCCAAGUCCGUUGACGCUGACCUAGUAGGAGCCACCAUUUUAUAACAAAACCAAAAACGACAUGUAAAACGAACCCAGUAAUCUCAAAUAAAUUGAUCCUUUAUGAAAUUACCUUGACGAAAUGAUAUACAUCCACUCAGACUGACCCAAAGUCAGUAACUAUGUGACUUGAAAAAAAGUAAUCACGUUCACUCACGCGGUUUGACCCAAAAAUAGCACAAAAAAACUUUAACAAACGUGAUAAUACCUUGACGUAUUUGUUACCUAGCAUGUUAUGGCAUGUUCUUUCGAUAUUAAAACGUAAUACAUUGGAAACGGACACAGACACCAGGAUUUCUAGUGGCACUGCCUUAGACCACUGCGCCACUAGGGAGGCCUUCCAUUCAUUCUUACCAAUUUUACUCAACCAGGAGCAUCAGACUCGAACAGCACUUCCGCUUCGCCAUAUGUCCCUCCCCAAAACCAGACACACCCCGCUACGGACUAACUCCUGCAUGUAAAAUCCUGCAUUGAAAAAAGCCAACAACCACAGGUUAAAGGGGAAUUUCACCCUGGCUCUGCCAUGUCUUGCAGAGUAUUUGGAAAAUAUUCAGACCCCUUGACAUUUUACACAUUUUGUUACUUUACAGCCUUAUUCUAAAAUUGAUAUGUAUGCACACAAUACAGCAUAAUGACAAAGCGAAAACUGUUUUUUAGACCUUUUUCCAAAUGUAUAAAAAAUAAAACAGAAAUACCUUAUGUACAUAAUUAUUCAGCUGUUUAAAGGCACAGUCAACUUAGUGUAUGUAAACUUCUGACCCACUGGAGUUGUGAUACAGUGAGUUAUAAGUGAAAUAAUCUGUCUGUUAACAAUUGUUGGAAAAAUUACUUGUGUCAUCCACAAAGUAGAUGUCCUAACCGACUUGCCAAAACUAUAGUUUGUUAACAAGAAAUUUGUGGAGUGGUUGAAAAACAAGUUUUAAUGACACCAACCUAAGUGUAUGUAAACUGUCCUCAACUUGCAGCGGGCAGCCAAGUUUGCUGUCACUUAUUCAGAUUGUGCAUCAGCAUUUCAUAUGUUUUCCUUGCCCUUGUCCCGCUUGUUAGAUAUUAUGCAGAUACAGUGGCGACCCGUCAUUCAGGGCAGGUGGAGCAGAGCCAUGAUUGGCUCAGUGUUCUGUCACUCAUGGGGACUUUUUCACCGCCAAAUAUAAGGGGAGACAUCGAAAAUUCUAGCCCCUUGGCUGCUGCAAUAAAGUUACAUUAGAAGUGCCCAUCCAAGAAGCCUCAAGGUCAUUGGCCCCAGAUAAAAUUAUGUAAAAUCACGUUAUGUCUAUAGUAGCUUUGAUUGGACAAAAUCUUAGUUAGCAGUCAUCAUCAUGAAUCAAGUCGACAAUCUACUGGCAAAUCCUUAUUAAUCCUUGUCAUAUGAAGAGAAAUUAUAGCUAAAACGUAUCGGUUCUCAUCGGCCAUUGGACAAACAUUACACAACAAGUUUGAAAUCUCAAAUUCAACAAUGAGUGGUUUGGAAGGAAUCAGUGACAGUGGCUGUGUGCUCCCAAAUCUGGGAUUAAGGGUCUUUUUUCCAAGUUUAAAAUGAUAAACAUUCAACAUUAGCCGUGCUGCCAAUGAAGCAUGAUUAGUGCCGCACUCAAAACAACUGUUAACUCGGAACUGCGAAAACUUGCCUUCUGUGAGUUCAGAACAACUGGGAAUUUCUGAAAAAACGAGCUCCAACUGGGAGAUACGUUUUGAACAGUCAUCCAACUCGGAAUUGUAAAUCGGGAACUCAGGCCUCUUUCUAGCGCUACGACAUGAAAAUCAGGGAUGUCAUCAUGAUUUGACCUUGUUUUUUCCGAGUUCCCAGUUGUCUUGAAAGCACCAUAAAUCCAGAGAAUGCCAGACUUUGAUGACAAAAUUUGCCCACGGAGGACCGCUGUGCCACCUUCCUGUUCAAGUGAGCACAGCACAAGAAGGAGGAGGAGUCAGUGGAACCAACCGCCUUCCAUGUAAUGGGGCAGGGCCAUCCCAAGGAUCCCGGAACGUACGGACGGUGUUAGUGGGAGAACAGGAAGUUCCGGACAGAAGCGCACCAUUCUUCAGUGUAGAGAAAGCGCCAGAACGGUACAGUCGAGAAGAUAACCUUUGUGUCCGUUUCUAUUUAUUACUACAGAAUGAAGAACGUGAUAACUACUUGAUAAGUUAGUUACAUAACGUUAACUAGAGACUUGGUUUGUCUGAGUGGAUGUACAUACUUUUCUCAAGGGAGUCCAAACCUACAGUCACCGGGUCCUGAUUGUGACAGUGGAGCCCAGUUUGCACUGCAGGAGCCAGAGAUGGCAUCAGUGAAGCUGGAAGACUGCAGUCAAACACUGGAACUGAAUGUCAACAUUAAAGAUGAAGAAGAGGAGGAGAAGAUUGGUAAAUCUGUUUCUCAUGAUUAAGUCUGAGGCCGGUAAUAUCAACAGUGAGGACAAACCCAGCCUGCCUCUCUCCUUCCACACUGAGUCCAAACCUACAGUCACUGGGUCCUGAUUGUGACAGUGGAGCCCAGUUUGCACUGCAGGAUCCAGAGAUGGCAUCAGUGAAGUUGGAAGACUGCAGUCAAACACUGGAGUUGAAUGUCAACAAUAAAGAUGAAGAGGAGGAGGAGGAGAUUGGUAAAUCUGUUUCUCAUGGAGACCAUGUUGGUACAUUCUCCACAUCCAGAGAGCAACAGCAGGAAGAUCACAGAGCUAAGAGGUUUCACCAUUGCCCACAUUGUGAGGAGAUUUUCCCAUUUCUAUCAAAGCUAAAAAUACAUCUAAAAAUACACACAGGAGAGAAUCUGUAUUCCUGUACUGACUGUGGGAAGAGCUUUACAACAUCAACGAAGCUAAAAGUUCAUCAGAGAACACACACGGGAGAAAAGCCUUACUCCUGCUCUGACUGUGGGAAGAGUUUCUCCCGAAUGGAUAACUUAAACACACAUGAACGUAUACAUACAGGAGAGAAGCCUUACUACUGCUCUGACUGUGGAAAAAGCUUUAAAACAACAGCUGAGCUAAAAGUUCAUCAGAGAACACACACAGGGGAGAAGCCUUACUUAUGCUCUGACUGUGGGGCGAGUUUCUCUCGACUGGGCCACUUAAAAAUACAUGAACGUAUGCAUACAGGAGAGAAACCGUACCCCUGCUCUAAUUGUAUAAAAUGCUUCAAAACAUCAACUGAGCUAAAUGUUCAUCAGAGAACACACACAGGAGAGAAGCCUUACUUCUGCUACGACUGUGGGGCAAGUUUCUCUCGUCUGGGCAACUUAAAACUACAUGAACGUAUACAUACAGGAGAGAAGCCUUACUCCUGCUCUAAUUGUUUAAAAGGCUUCACAACAUCAACUGAUCUAAAAGUUCACCAGAGAACACACACAGGAGAGAAGCCUUACUUAUGCUCUGACUGUGGGGCAAGUUUCUCUCGACUGGACCACAUAAAACUACAUGAACGUGUACAUACAGGAGAGAAGCCUUACAUCUGCUCUGACUGUGGAAAAUGUUUUAAAACAACAGCUGAGCUAAAAGGUCAUCAGAGAACGCACACAGGAGAGAAACCUUACUCCUGCUCUGACUGUGGAAAGAAUUUCUCUCAACUGGGCCAGUUAAAAAUACAUGAACGUAAACAUACAGGACAGAAGCCUUACUCCUGCUUUUAUUGUGUAAAAUGCUUCACAACGUCAACUGAGCUAAAAGUUCAUCAGAGAACACACACAGGAGAGAAGCCUUACUCCUGCUCUGACUGUGGGAAGAGUUUCUCUCAACCGAGCCACUUAAAAAGACACCGAGGUAUACAUAAAGGAGAGAAGCCUUCCUAUUGCUCUAACGACGGAAAAUGUUUUAAAUCAUCAGCGGAGCUAAAAGGUCUUCAGAGAACACACACAGGAGAGAAAUCUUACUUCUGCUCUUACUGUGGCAAGAGUUUCUCCCGAUUGGGCAAUGUAAAAAUACACCAACGGAUACACACUGGAGAGAAGCCUUACCACUGCACUGACUGUGGGAAGAUAUUCUCUCAACAGAGCAAUUUAAAAAGACACCAAAGUAUACAUAAAGGAGAGAAGCCUCAUCAGAUCUCUCAGACCAGCUAAGAUUAGACACUUCACUCUCAUCUCAUAAAAUAAUUGGCAAUGUUGAAUUGGAUCAAAUGAAGAAAGCAUAGAACACUCUAUUGAAAUCCUGUUGUUUCUCACUGUGAGAGAACCGUGCAGAGGAAAGGGAGCGUUUUAUAGAAUGUUAGCCUCUCUUUACUUUACUGAUCAGUGUGCACCUUGUCAGUUUUGUUAGUUUCUACUGUAAAGAUAUUGAGAUGACCUUGGAUGAUGAUGUUUAGAUAUCAUGUGGCAUUCAAACGUUGCUUCAUUUCAAACGUUGCUCCACCCCACACCAUCGCACCACCAGCUUGCAAUGCUGACACACAGCAUGGAUGCAGGGGCUCGUGGUUUCCUCCAUAACCUAGUCCUCCCAUCAGGAUGAAACAGGAACCGGGAUUCAUCAGACGAGGCAAUGUUUUUCACAUUGUCCAGUGUUUUCAUUCCUUAGCCCACUGCAACUGCAGUUUCUCAUUUUUUGCUCAGGUGCAUCCCUUCCUGGCAGCAGUGUAUCAAUCUGCAAAUAGAUUUUUUCAGCAGUAUUAUGCCACAAGGCUUGUCCAGGAAUGGUUCCAAGAACAUGACAGUGAAUUCAGCUUACUGCAGUGGCCUGCCGAGUCACCAGAUCUCAUUCCAAUUGUUGGAACGAGCUAUUCGGAGUAGAGAUCCACUCCCAGCCAACUUGACACAAUUGUGGGAACAUUGGAAUCCACAUGGGCCAGCAUUCCUGUGAAACGCUCUCAACACCUUGGAGAGUCAAUGCCCCAAUGAAUUGAGGCUGUUCUGAGGACAAAUGGGGGUGCAACUCAAUAUCAGAAAGGUGUUCCUAAUGUUUUGUACACUCAGUGUAUAUCAGAUAAAGAUGGUGUAAUCUGUUUUUAGCAUUAGAUUGGCUGGAUGAUUUAUAUUAGUAAACAACUUUUGUUUAAUGAUAAACAGGCUAUGAAUUGACUACUUGUGUUUAUUAAAUUGUAUUUUAAAUCUAGAUUCAUUAUGUUAGUCAUUGAUGAUGAAUGUAUUUGAAUAACUGUAUUGAAGUUAAAACUUCUUUGGUAUAGGGGGCAGUAUUUUGACAUCUGAAUGACAAGCGUGCCCAAAGUAAACUGCCUGUUACUCAGGCCCAGAAGCUAGGAUAUGCAUAUAUUUGGAUAGAAAACACUCUAAAGUUUCUAAAACUGUUAAAAUAAUGUCUGUGGGUAUACAGAACUGAUUUGGCAGGCGAAAGCCCGAGGACAAACCAUCCAGGAAUUUCUUUUUUUGAGCUCAGUGUUUUCAAUUAGAUUUCUAUGGGAAGCCCUAUUUAAUAGGAACCUGGUUGCAGUUCUUAUGGCUUCCACUAGAUGUAAACAGUCUUUAGAAAUUGGUUGAUGUUUUUCUUUUGAGAAUGAAGAAGUAGGGCUGUUCUUUGUGAGUGUCAAGCCAAGUGGACUCUUGGUGCGUGUGAACUGGAAUGCGCUUCACGUUGUAUUUAUCCGGUAUUGAACACAGUAUAUUCCGUCUUAAAUUUUAUCGAUUAUUUACGUUUUAGGUUUGAUUAGGAACGUUGUUUUAAAUGUUUGGACCAAGUUUAUAGGUAACUUAUUAGAUACUUUGUAGGCAUGUUGGGCAAGUUGGAACCGGUGCAUUUCUGAAUCAAACACGCCAAAUAAAUGGAAAUUUUUGCGACAUAAAGAAGGACAUUAUCGAACAAAAGGGCCAUUUGUGAUGUUUCUGGGACAUUUUGAAGUGCCAACAGAAGAAUAUCUUCAAAGGUAAGGCAUUAAUUAUAUUGCUAUUUCUGACUUUUGUCGCGCACCUGCCUGGUUGUUAUCUGAUUUUCAUGUGAUUGUAUGCGGGGCGCUGUCCUCAGAUAAUCACAUGGUCUGCUUUCGCCGUAAAGCGUUUUUGAAAUCUGACACAGCGGCUGGAUCAACAAGAAGUUAAGCUUUAUUUUGAUGUAUAACACUUGUAUGUUUUAUGAAUUCUUAUUUUGAGUAUUUCUGUUUUUGAAUUUGGAGUGCUGCAAUUUCACUGGAUGUUGUCAAAUCAAUCCCGUUAACGGGAUUCGAGCGGGAAGGGAUCACUAAGAAGUUAAUUGAUCUGGUGGCAGGUAGCCUAGAGGUUAAGAGUGUUUGGCCAGUAACUGAAAGGUUGCUGGUUUGAAUCCGGAGCCGACUAGGUGAAAAAUCUGGCAUUGUGCCUUUGUGCAAGGCAAUUAAUCCUUAUUUGUCCUGUUACUCUGUAUAAGAACAUCUGCUAAAUGACAAAAAAUUUAAAAAAUGUGUGUACGUGAAUUUAUGCUGGGCAACUUCUUCUCUUGUGUAUAAUUAAUUGAAAUAAACUGUUUGAAGUGAAAUACUGUAUAUAUAAUACACAACAUAACAUGUUGUUUACCCUGGCCAGAGGGACAGGGCCAUAGUAAGCUAGACUAUGUAGCUGCUGUUAGAAGUCUACAGUUUCCAUGCAAUACAGCAUGUCAGAUCGCUAAUGAUUAGGUGUAUAGGCUGCUACAUUUAUGCAAGAGUUUUAGCUUGUGUCUGUCAGGAGUGAUGUAUUAUCAGGCUACCAGAGGGAAGUGGAGAGCGCGCCUUGAGCUUUGUGUGUUGUGCCCGGCCCACCCGACAUGGUCAAGAGAGACAAAGGGCAUGCAGCAUCACUCUGAUGUGAAGAACUGUACAAUUUGUAGUACAAUUAAAAAAAAAAAAUAGCAUGGUAUUUUUGUGGAAUGGUAGUGACCAAAAACAAUAUGUUUCCAUUGUACUAGAGGCCUAGAAACAUAGAAGAAACUGACAGACGUGUCAUAAUAGCCCGGAAGUAAAGCUGCACUGGGAGACACAUUUGAAAUGGAAUACAUUGAAUACAUGCAGCAGGGUGGAAAAAAAAUCACAGUAAAACACGAUUCAAAUGUAUUGUUGGAAGGACUGUGGUCACCAUUCAUGUAAUUCAUUAAAUAUAUACAUCAGGGGUGGCAGGUAGCCUAAUGGUUAGAGCGUUGGACUAGUAACGGGAAGGUUGCAAAAUCGAAUCCCUGAAUUGACAAGGUAAAAAUCUGUCAUUCUGCACCUGAACAAGGCAGUUAACCCACUGUUCUUAGGCCGUCAUUGACAAUAAGAAUUUGUUCUUAACUGACUUGCCUAGUUAAAUAAAGGUUAAAUAAAUAAAAUAAAAAAAUAUGGUAUUGGGGAACUAUUUCAUAGGGUUUUCACAGACACAUUCUUUACCCAUUUCAAUCUUAUACCAACCAACCCUUUGCUUGGUGUGACUGUUAUGGACAGAGCAGAUCUGAUAUGUCCUUAAAUAUUGUAAUAUGCAACCUGGAAUUAAAAUGUAAGAGGACCAGUGCUUCUACAGUGAAACACUGUAGAAGCUUCCUGCCAUCCAGGACCUCUACCAGGCGGUGUCAGAGGAAGGACCUAAAAACUGUCAGACUCCAGCCACCCUAGUCAUAGACUGUUCUCUCUGCUACCGCAUGGCAAGCGGUACUGGAACACCAAGUCUAGGUCUAAGAGGUUUUUAAACAGCUUCCACCCCCCCCCCCC